AUGGACGGUAAACUCGUGGCCGCGGAUGGAAAGACAGUUGUCAAGUCAUGGACAAACACGACAAGAAUGGAUGAAAACCCGUACGCAGAUGGAGUAUCCGAUUUACUAACAGCUGCUGGAGCAAAUCUAGACGCUCCGUCGACUGCACCGGGUGCCAACAGUACCGAUAGAGAAACAUAUAGAUCUUCGGAUGGAAAUGAAUACAAGGAAGUCGAGAGUCUGUAUCAAUCAGAUGGGUCGUAUAUAUUAAAAGAGAGAAUGGCAUUCGAUUGCAUUGUUGCUGCUUUCGCUCUUUUCAAAGUGGCGACUAUCGUAGUGGAGGUUCUAAUGCUGAACAUUGUACCGGAGAAACGUGUCUACGAAAAGGCAAGGUUUGAGGUGACGACUGGCUCUGACGACAUCUGA